AUGGAUCACACUCCCAAACACAGCCUCCUAACACUCCUAAAUGCCCUCAAAGAAGCUUCCAAAGCCCUUCACACACCCACCAACCCUUUCUCCUUCCUCUUCCCAACCGAUUCCCGCCCCGCCAUUGACACGCUCCUCGACCUCGAAGCCAAGGCCCAUGCCGCCUUCUCCUCCGACCCAAACCUCAGCAACCUCUCCCGCAUCCUCUCCUCCCUCCCAACCCUAAUCGAUAAACUCCACAAGCACCGCGGCUACUUCCCCCGGUCCCUCCUCCAUCGCCACCUCACCAACUGCAAAAUCUCCCACCUCGCUCACGCCCUCCGAUCGGAAAUCCAAUCCUACAUCGACCGCGUCACUGUUCGCGACCUCGUCGACACGCUGCAGGAGCCGUCGUCGGGCGACGACGAACAGCACCAGGUCAAGGCUCUCGUCGAGUUCCGUCAGAGGCUCUCCCAGGGCUUCGAUUUGGAGUUCCAGGACCUGGUUCUGCGCGCGAAGGUGUUCACGCUCUUGGAGUGCGUGCUCCUCGAGAACUCAAAUUCGAGUUCCACGCAUGUGAAAGAGGAAGCAGCGAUGACCAUAGCCGCGCUAGUGAAGUUCAACAAGGACGUGUUCGUUGGGCUGGUGCUGAUGGGCCCCACCAUCAAGGCCUUGAUAGCGAUGGCUUCGGCCUGUUCCGUUCGCAUUUUGUCGUCGCUUAUUAAAUUCAUUCGAAGCCCCUUGGUGGACGAAAUUCUCUGCAGCGGAGAGAUCCCUAAAAUCAUAGGGUUUCUGCGGUCGACGGAAUUAGGGAUUCGCGUUGCGGCGUUGGACUGCGUUUUGGAACUGGGAUAUAUAGGGAGAAGGGAAGUGGUGGAAGCGAUGGUGAAAGCGGGAGUGGUUGAGAUUCUAAUGGACUUGCAAAGAGGCGGGUGUAGUGAGUGUGAUUGCGAUUUCGCGUUUGGGAAUUGCGUUUCAAGAUUUGCGAUCCAAGUGGAGGUGGGGGAGGGGUUAGGCGCGGAAGAGAAGAGAGAGGUUAAGUCAGAGAUUUUGAGGAUUGUGAAGGAAACUUCGGAGAAUGAGGCUGAGUUUGCGACUGUUAGCGCUGAAAUUCUUUGGGGUUCUUCGCCUUAA